CGCGCUCACGACAGCCUGUCCAGAGAACGUGCGCAUAGAACAAACUUUUUGGGGGGAGACUAGCUCAGCUCCAGCUGCCGUUUCGUCACGUUUGGAGGCUUUUUGUUCUCCCAAUUUAUUGUUCCCUGAUUUCCCUUCUAACAUUCACACACAGUCACAUCUGGAACUCCACACUCUUUGCUUCAUUCUCGGACCAAAACCCGGUGAGUAAACUGCGUUUUAUUAGUUUGCAUAUUGUUUGAAUGCUCGGAACCUUCUCUACGGGAUUCAAGUCCCAUUUAAAUUCCAUGUGGCCGCGAUAUGCCUCUUUAAUAUACCAAUUACACUAUUAAAGUGUCUUCUGGUGAGUUUUAGCCCAACUGUCCUUAUUUACUGCUGUGGAAUAUUUAAAGCCUAAAAUAUUUCUAAAAUAAUUGGUGCUCUGCCUCGAUAUUUUCAGGCUAUUUAAAGCGCAGAGCAGGUGUAUUUAGUUUCAUCACAGAUCAGUUUUAAGGAGUCGUUGUUACCUUAUUUUGUUUUUUUUAAACGGAUCGUGGCUCCAGGUCUCAGACAUUGGAAAUGAAAGGGGCGUUGUCAGCCGUCAAUGUGCGUGUGCGUGUGUCUGAGUGCUGUGAAUGAGCCGCGUGUGUUUCGAGGUAAACUGCUAUUUGUUUCACAGGGAGCAGGAAGUGUGCGCGCGUGUGUCAUAGGUACUUUAAGUGUGUCUGUGGAAUAAUAGACAUUAGACUGUUCUCUGGAUAUGGUGCGCCUGCUUUGGCUCGGCAAGCUUGCACAUAAGAUCCCUUGCACGUGAAGGACCUCGAUCCGUCCCCGACUAUCAGCCUGCAAACCAGCAUAAACACACAAGCAUUGCACAUUGACAAUUAGCCAGUGAGCAACGCAGACAGCCGCAGAAGCAACCUGUGAGAUAUUUAAGGGCAGCCAUGUUGAUCAUCUUAGCCUUCAUCCUCCUCUUCCACGUGGCCGCAGCCAUCCUCCUCUUUGUUGCAACCAUUCACAACGCCUGGUGGGUGGUGUCGCCAGUGGGACUCGAUGUGAUCUACGCCGACCUGUGGUACUCCUGUAACUCCACCUGCUAUCCUGUGGAGAACAGCCACACUGUUGAUGCAGCCUUUCUGCAGACCGUCCAGGCUACUAUGAUUCUGGCCACCAUUUUAUGUUGUGUCAGCUUCUUCGUCUUCAUCCUUCAACUCUUUAAGCUCCAACAGGGAGAUAGAUUUGUUUUCACUGCUAUUAUCGAGCUGCUGGCCUCUCUGUGUGUUAUGAUCGCUGCGUCCGUCUACACGGCUCAGAACAAGAGCUUCCAUGUGGCGAGUCUCCGGGAGGGCUCCUACGGCUCCUCCUACAUCCUGGCCUGGAUCAGCUUCCCCAUGACUCUCAUCAGCGGCCUCAUGUACCUGGUGCUCAGGAAGCGCAAAUAGAUGUGACGGGCACGCAGAUAUAAAAUGAAUAUAAACAGGAACACUUGGACACAUGCAUAAAGACGUACACUUUUCCUCAACAAACAUGCAUGCACACAGUCUGUCUGGAUCCCUUAGAUUUAUAAUAACAUAUGAGAAAAGGACUAAUCCACAUUCAUUUCAGUCCAGGCAAUUCACCAAUAAAGUGUACAGCAACACGUUUUUUUCCACCUCACACACACACACACA